UGUCCGUUGUGCCCCCUGGCGGCUGAAUGAUGAAAUUGUUCCUUUCAGAUGAGAAUGAGGCGUAGGGAGCAUCGUUGCCAUUCCCGUUUCCUGUGCUCAUGAUUGUUGAUGAAGAGCGAGCAGUGAGACAACCCAGGGGGCUGGAAAGCGACACUCCAUGCGCCAUGGUCCGGGAUAAAAAGGAUAGAGACAGCUGGGGGUCUUUUGUGGACAAGCAUGUAUUUGAGUGGAGCUCUGAGGACGAGGAGCCGGACGGUAAGGCUCGGCCAGUGCAGGUUCUGGUGGUGAAGGAUGAUCACACGUUCGAGCUGGACGAGGCAGCACUGAAUCGUAUCCUGCUGGCCAAAGACCUCAGAGACAGAGAGAUAGUCGCAAUAUCUGUUGCUGGAGCUUUCCGGAAAGGGAAGUCCUUCCUCAUGGACUUUAUGCUACGCUACAUGUACAACCAGGCGAGUGAAGACUGGUUAGGAGAUCCCGAUGUGCCUUUGACAGGUUUCUCGUGGAGAGGAGGCUCAGAGAGGGAGACCACCGGCAUCCAAAUCUGGAGUGAAGUCUUCCUGGUGGACAAACCAGACGGAAACAAGGUGGCAGUGCUGCUGAUGGACACACAGGGAACGUUCGACAGCCAGUCCACGCUGAGAGACUCAGCUACUGUUUUCGCCCUCAGUACCAUGAUCAGCUCCAUGCAGGUGUAUAACAUAUCACAGAAUGUUCAGGAGGAUGACUUGCAGCACCUGCAGCUCUUUACAGAAUAUGGUAGACUGGCCAUGGAGGAAACGUUCCUCAAACCGUUCCAGUCAAUGAUUUUCCUUGUGAGAGAUUGGAGUUUUCCAUACGAGUUUCCCUACGGACAAGAGGGAGGCAUGAAGUUCCUGGAGAAAAGACUAAAGAUUUCAGAGAACCAGCAUGAGGAGCUGCAGAACGUGAGGAAGCACAUUCACUCCUGCUUUACUAACAUCUCCUGCUUCCUCAUGCCACAUCCCGGCCUCAAGGUCGCUACCAACCCCCACUUUGAUGGAAGACUCAAGGAGAUCGAUUCAGAGUUUAUCAGUAACCUGAAAGUGCUGGUGCCAUGGUUACUCAGCCCCAAAAACCUGGACGUCAAAGAAAUCAACGGCAGCAAGAUUACCUGUAGAGGCCUGCUGGAAUAUUUUAAGGCAUAUAUAAAGAUUUACCAGGGGGAAGAGUUGCCCCACCCAAAGUCCAUGCUACAGGCCACCGCAGAGGCGAAUAACCUGGCGGCUGUAGCUGCAGCUAAAGACCUGUACAACCGAAAGAUGGAGGAGGUGAGCGGGGGCGACCGGCCCUUUUUAGCCCCGAGUGAGUUGCAGGCUCGUCAUGCAGUGAUCCGUGAUGAAGCCCUAGCUGUGUUCCGUGGUGUGAAGAAGAUGGGUGGCGAGGAGUUCAGUCGCCGCUACCUGCUGCAGCUGGAGGCAGAAAUCGACGAGCUCUUUGUGCAGUACAUCAAGCACAAUGACUCCAAGAAUAUCUUCCAUGCAGCAAGGACGCCCGCCACGCUCUUCGUGGUCAUCUUCAUUAUGUAUGUGGCAGCGGGCAUCACAGGCUUCGUGGGCGUGGACGUGAUCGCCAGCGUGUGCAACAUGGUUCUGGGUUUCGCUCUCAUCACACUCUGCACCUGGGCCUACAUCCGCUACUCCGGCGAAUACAGAGAGCUCGGCGCCCUCAUAGACCAGGUGGCUGGAGCGCUGUGGGACCAGGGAAGCACUAAUGAGGCUCUGUAUAAAUUGUAUAACGUGGCUGCCAAUCAUAGGCAGCUGUACAGCCACGCCUUCCCCAGACACCAGACUGAGCAACACCCCGAACAGGACAAGAAGAGAAACUGAGCACACACACAUACACAUGCACGCGCACACACACACACAGGCCCAAACUUACACCCAUUCUGUCAGAGAGACGUUCCGGCCAUAGCACACUUGAGCUUUGUGGAUCAUGCACGUGACAUCACAGAGAGAAAGAGAAUUCAAGGGAAAUAGAAAAUGCAAAAGUUUACAUUAUUGCUGUAUAAAGAACACAGAUUCUGUUACCAUAGGCCACUAAUAGCUCAUAGAAAUCCAGUAUAAUAGAUAAUAGCUCCUGGAAGUCCAGUAAUGUAGAAUGGAAUCCCCAGAUCUAGAUCCAACUCAGCCUGAACAUUCCACCAAGAGGAUGUUGGUACUGCUUCAGGGAACUAGUGAACAAUCCACUCCCCUUUCCACCGGGGCUAAGAGUCAAACUGUUACAUAAUCAGAGCGUUACAUUAUCUUCCCAGUAGUCAUAAUUUGCAGAAUUAGUAUUAUAAGGUUCUAUCUCCUAUUCAUUUGUAUACCAGAUAGAACCAUGUAAUACUAUGGUUAUAAACUGUUACACACCACAAACACACUGUCAUGCACAAAGAUUAUAUGCAAAAUGACAGGUACAUGCAUGGCGCUUAUUAGCAUUAACAUUAAUACAGUUGCUCCCAUUCAGUUUGCUGCAAGUGUAAAUAACAUACUCGCUUGUUUGUCAGAUAAGGUUUGCAAAUUUUUAGAAAAAAAGAAUUCGACACUGUUCACGUUUUAUUUUAAUGGUGGCUAUAAAAAUAAAAAUAAUGAGUGGAGGUCAUGCUGACGAAGUGAGGAGGAAAUGAUGUCAGACCAGCCAUGUUUUGUUUUUAGAGCUGAAAUCAUUUUUCCAUCCAAGGAUCGCAUCUUUUGCGGUGGAAACACAGUGUUCCCAGAUUAGGUACUGGCACCUUGUCGGUGGAAGACGACUACGAUAUGACUAUUGCUCAAUCUAAGCAGAAAUACAAACUGCACGUGUGGAUAGUC